GCAGUUGUGAGUCUGGGAAACACCCUCAGUGACGGAGUCCAGCGCCUGGUGGAGGGAGGAGAGAGCGCGAGAAAGAGGGACACGGAUGGAGAUGAGCGAUAGGAUGCUGAGGCGAUAGACGUAUGGCUGAAAUUAAGCAAGCUAGUCCGCCGUAUGUUGAAAAGAAAGGCCAAAAUAGGUGGUGUGAAUGAAAGAAGAGGGCUUCUCUCUUGGAUGGACAUGUUUUGAGAGGUGUGGUGGAGGGAUGAAGGCGGUGUUGGCAUCCAGACGGCAGCGGCUCUUCUAUCGGCUCUUCAUAUGUGCAGUCGGGCUCAUCGCCGUCACCUGCUUCACACAAAUUCUUCAUGUAACAGCCCAUUCCAAAGAGGAUUCGGACCUGACUUGGGCCCGGCGUAAACUAACCCAGCAGAUCGUAGAGGAGAACCAGACAUCCAGUAUACCCAGAGCUGCUAUCCAUGAAUUUCCAGAGGACAUCUUCACUAAGGCACAGAGGAGGCAUGGGGCAGUUCUACUGCAUGUGUUUUGUGCAGUUUACAUGUUCUACGCCCUUGCUAUCGUCUGCGAUGUCUACUUUGUCCCCUCUCUGGAAAAGAUCUGUGGGAAUCUGCACCUCAGUGAGGAUGUUGCAGGGGCCACUUUCAUGGCAGCAGGCAGCUCCGCCCCCGAGCUUUUCACAUCCUUGAUUGGCGUGUUCAUCACCAAGGGAGACCUGGGGGUGGGAACUAUCGUGGGAUCAGCUGUCUUCAACAUCCUGGUCAUCAUCGGAGUUUGUGGAAUAUUUUCUGGACAGACCAUCAUUCUGACCUGGUGGCCGCUCUUCCGUGACUCUGUCUACUACACCCUCUCAGUGUUAGCCUUGAUUCUGAUCAUAUAUGAUGAAAAAGUAAUUUGGUGGGAAACUAUAAUCCUCAUAUCAAUGUAUGGAGUUUACAUCCUUAUCAUGAAGUUUAACAGUCAGAUUUGGGGCUGGGUGGAGCAGAGGUUUGGUAUUCCAGGUCAGCAGUGUUUGGUGAGCAGUCUGCGCAGAGAUGUGUCGGUAGGAGAGGCGAGCUCACACUGUGACACCUCCAUGAUCCUUUUGAAGAAAGGUCAGAAUGCGGGUGGCCAGGACUCCCCGGUGGUGAUGGUGGAUGAGAUGAUGAGUCUACACCCUCACCAGUUCUCUUUCUCAGAGGCAAGCCUCCGUGUCAUGAUCACGCCCCACUUCUCCCCCCGCACUCGCCUCAGCAUGGCCGGACGCAUGCUCAUCACUGAGAGGCAGAGACUGAUUAGAAACAGGAGCCCUGGAGACAGCAGUGGCAGCGGAGCAGGGGACACUCCUGGCCAAGAUGGGCCAGGCAUGGAGGGGGUUCCUUGGGGUCUGGAGAAUGGAGGGGCCCUUGAGAGUGAAACGCAACCCCUGGAGGAACCUAGGCAGCGGGGCCAAGGAGGGGAUUUAGAGCGAGUAGCAGACAUAGGAGACACACAGCCUAAAGAUGAUGAGGAAGAGGAGGAGGAAGAGGCAGAUGAGGAACAACCCUUCCGACCUCUUACUGUGCCAGAGGGGCGCUGGGAACAGGUCAGGUGGGUGUUGUCAUGGCCCUUAGGCUGUCUUCUGUACUACACUGUCCCAAACUGUGUUUUGCCUCGCUGGGAGCGCUGGUUCAUGGUUACCUUUGUGGCCUCAACACUCUGGAUUGCCGUGUUCUCCUACCUCAUGGUGUGGAUGGUCACCAUUAUCAGCUUUACACUGGACAUUCCAGAUGUUGUCAUGGGAAUUACGUUUCUAGCAGCAGGCACCAGUGUCCCAGACUGCAUGGCUAGUCUCAUAGUUGCCCGUCAAGGUAUGGGAGACAUGGCGGUGUCCAACUCGAUUGGCAGUAACAUCUUCGACAUUCUGCUGGGUCUUGGUUUCCCCUGGGCUUUGCGCACUUUAGUGGUUGAUUAUGGGUCAACGGUCUUCAUUAACAGUAAGGGGCUGGUGUACUCAGUGAUUCUUCUCCUUGCUUCCGUUUUUCUCACUGUACUGAGCGUGCACCUGAACCACUGGAGGCUGGACCGGAGGUUAGGCCUGGGGCUUAUGUUCCUGUAUGCCAUCUUCCUGCUCUGCUCCAUCUGCUUUGAGAAACUUUAGAUCCUGCUUUCUAUGUUUUGCUGAGCUGUAGUAUAGAUCUAGACCUAGAUAACCAUAUUUUACCCCCAGUCACUACCUUAUUAGUAUCGGUUAUUUCAGCCAUGGUUUGAAGCCAGAGUAGUGAACAUUUUACAUUACAUUUUAAAAUGUGACUCUGCUUCAGUCAGUUCUACACACGUCUUAAAGCCAAUCAUCUGCUAGACAGUGCCGCCAAACUCAAGGACACUGUACUUCAUAAUGUACCUCUGAAACAUUUCUACUUAGCAUAAAGAGCUUCUUUAAGAGAACAAAAAUCUGAUUCAAUUUCAAGGUGUGAUGAAUUUAUACAAGCGGUAUUAAAUGUUUACAGCACACUGGACACUUCCUCUAGCCUCGCCUUUUGCAUAUUCCUAUUCUGAAAUCUUAUAGUCACAAUCAAGCAUGAUACGAAGAAAAGUAUCGCAAAAGUGUUACUACUAAAAAAAGUCCUAUUAACUCUUGUAAUCGAGUUCACUCCAUUUAUUGCAUUCCUUUGCCUUAUUUAUUUUUGACUUUAGGUCGGUAAAAAGUUGUGCUUUUUUAGGAUUCCCAAACGUUCCUGUUUCAGUAUAUUUAAGAGCAGUUUGUUCAUUUAUGUGCUGUUCCUUGAAAAAGAAAGUAUUCUGUUUUUUUUGUUUUUUUUUGGAAAGCGUUUCUUGUAGUAUUUCCGAUUAACCAAAAACAUCCUUUGGUAAGUGUUUCCAUACCAAACAUGCAUAGUUUUAUAUAAAGUCCCGCUUUAGAGGUGUCUGCUGCACAUUUUGAUAUGUUGUAACGAAAUGAUUUUUGUGCCCUGCUGCAACUUUAUGAAUAUGAACAUAAGAAAGUAACAAUCAAUUAACAAUGUGUAACCAUUAUUCACAAAUAACCGCUUUAUACACAGGCCUUUACCAUGUUAGAAGCACAGUGUUUGGAAUCUCAAUAUAGUUAUAACUGGUAUUUGUUUUCCAACGAUCAUAUAUUGCAUACUGUCUACAGGACAGAUAAUGAAUUAUAAUUAACAUAAUUUAAAUUCAGAAUCAAAGGAUUUGGUACAGCAGUGUUUUAAUUGUUGUCAAGUAAUCUUUAAAGUUAUUUUUGGCAUAUUAUCCUGAUUUAAUAUGCUUAUGUUUUAGUUCUGUUGUGUAUUAAUUUUUUUUAAAGACAUUUAAGAAAUUUUGUUGCUUGUGGUUUGCAGUUCUCUUAGUAAUAAUGAGCAAAAUUUAAUUUGUCUAGAAUAUUUUCAACUUACCACUCACAAUAAGUUAAUUCAGUUAAUGGGAGUAAUGAAUUGUAAACGACAAGUUAUAGCCAGAGUAAACAUCUUAUUAUGAUCCAGUUCAACAUCUUCCCUGUUUGUUUUCAUUUUAGAAGUCAUAAUCAAUAUCUCACCAUUUGUUCUAUCUAUAUUCUUAAAGAUAUUUGUAUGUUGUUGAGUGCAAUAAAACAAGGUCUGUGCAAUACCCCAAAACAUCACUGUAAGAAGUCAUGUGCAUUCUUCCCCUUGAACUUCUGGAAGUGUCACAAAUAAAGUUUCAUUUUGUGAACACA